AUGGCACUAUCAUCACAUCUAGCCAAGAAACACGAAUUCCACCCUGCAGGUGCUGGCGACUUGCGAAGUCCGUGCCCUGUGCUUAACGCACUUGCGAACCACGGUAUAAUAUCCCGCGAUGGCCGUAAUAUUACGGCCAAUCAGCUGAAGGACGCCCUCAAGCAUAUUGGUGUGGGUAUCGACAUCAGGCUAGGCCUUGUCAAUUCUGCUUAUGCUGUCCAUGACGAGCAUUCGCAUCGUGGCCUUCGCAACCCAGAACAGGUAGACGACUCCGGCAUACCUGUCCUAAAUCUGGAUCAAACUGGUCGGCCUCAUGCAAUAGAACACGACGUUUCUCUUUCUAGAGAGGAUCGCGCCUUAGGUGACUGUAUCAGUCCUCAUCCUGGAUUAGUUGAAGGCUUUCUCGGGUACCCACAGCAAGACUUCUUCACCGUCUCCCAUCUUGGGAGGUUUCGCAAGAAGCGGUAUAUAGAGCAAAAUGCAAAAAAUAGGGUUCUAGACUUUGGCUACAGGGCUCACAUAGUGGCCUGCGCUGAAGCUGCUCUAUUCCAGGGCGUAUUCGGUGAAGGUGUCUUCCGUCGGUUGCCGGUUAAGUACGCGAAAGCCGUUUUCCAAGAGGAACGUUUACCAUUCAAUGAGGGCUGGACGCCGCGGUGGUUUGCAUUGAUGGUUCCCGAGUUGGCUAUGUUAGUUCUCAUAAUCUUGUAUUUUGCUUCCUAA